CUCCGGUGCUGCAAAGCUUGCCAAAGAGAUUGGAAAAGAAGGUCCUGACAGUGAGCUCCAUGGAUUUGAAGUAUGGAAGUAAGCUCACGGGCGCCUACCAACCGAUCGGCAUGAUGUAUGAGCGACCGGUCUACAAAAAGAUGAAGAUCAGGAAGUAUAACAAAAAAGACAAGGAGAGCGGGAACAUGUUCUUGUACUACUGCGAGAACGGUUGGUGGUUUGCAGAAGCACUUGACCUUGCGAGCGAAGCUUUCAUCGCCUACUCGAACAGCAAUUCGAAAAUGCCUCCUCAGCACGGUUUCAGACUUCAAUCAGAGAAGAUUGACCCGACUUUGUCUGUGAGGAGGACCCAGGCGAGACCCCCCUGGACAGAGCCAAAGAGCAGAAAUACCGUGAAAUGAUCCGCAUCCCGGAGGCCGUGUCAGAACUGCCGAGAUGAGAAAACUGCACGGUGAUGUGAACAAAGAGCAUCAAUUACACUUUGACCAGUUCACAAAGUGACAUUCAAACUUCGUAGUUGACAGAUUGUCUGUCUUAUAGAUCAUGCGC